AAGAUUUGCGAUUGCUCAUUUUCGAUUUUUGUUACGUUUAUACAGCGCAUACAAAAGCUACAAUUACCAUUCGACCGGUGUACUUUUGCAAUGCCACUCCUACUGCUACAAUGGAAUUCUCACGAGUACUUUUCGUAACAGUUUUCUAUUCUUUCACUUGCGCUGGAGCCAGCAACUAUAACUGGGACGAUUGGACCCAAAACUUAAACCGGGAUAUACAUCAAAGUGUUAGUCGAGCUUUAAGUGGUUUGUAUAAUCUGGAGAGCACGAUAUCUCAACAGAUCCAGCAGAAUUUAGCAGGCAUUAUUCCACAUGUGAGCAACUCCGCUAACAAUGACACCAACGGUGGUUUCGGCAAUUUAGACAGUUUGGACAAUUUAGGAAGUAUCAUUUCUCAGCAGGUGGAUGAAGGUUUGAGACCAGUGCGUGAAAUGCAAGCUAAACUCAAGAUAAAAUUCGGAGAAGAUGGUACCACAGUCGCCACGUUUAAAGAUAAACAAGUGAUUGUGCGCGAUGGGGUCUUUUACGAAUGCGAAGGUACCAUUUCCGAAGAGGACGGUUCCUGCUCUGAUACUUUACGCCAAUCGUCUUUUGAAAGCCAGAGAGACUUCUGUUACGCAAAUAUCAACACAAUUAUUAACAGUUGGUACUGCAUUUCGCCCGGUGGCGGUGUCAGUUCCGGAUUUAUUAAUGGAGAGGUGUACUGCAAUGGUUUCCAGAAUAACCCCACUCUGUUGAUUUCGGCGGAAGAUUACAGAAAUUUGUGUGGUGACGUUGGGUAUCGUGUAACUUACAAAUACUUCGGUACUGAUCCUAUAGGAGACCACAGUUCUGACGUAAGCUGCUCCAGUGGUACUCCUUACACGUGUACUUACACGGAAGACAGAAAUUCCAAUCUUGGUAAUUCCGGGCCCUAUAACUUCGUGCUCAAUUAAACACUUUGUUUAAAAGUUUAAUGCACUGUUACACUGUAAAAUAAAAGAAUUUU